AAGAAUGUUAGUUUCGAUUUCGAACGAACCGAAGGUGGUGGCGGCGGUGGCGGCUGCGGCGGCCUGAGAAGACGGCAGAGUGAUGAUCGCGAUGGCGACGGCGAUGAUGAGGCUGAAGAGGAACAUUGCGCACGCGCUAUAGCGAUAUCUGUACGCGGCGUUUCCACUGAAACCUACGACGCUCUGGACAACGAGGUGGAGAUGUACGCGAGCUUCGAGGUGGCGCCGAGCACAAGUCGGGUCGCGGCACAAAUGCAGAAAGCGCGACGCAAGCGCUGGGCCGCAGAUGGCGCUUCGGGCAGUAGUGACGGCGGAGGCAGCGCCAGUGGCCGACGGCACUAAGCGGCGGGUAUACAGUGCGAGGAACGACUGGUGUGUGGUUGGUAGAGAUAGCAAAGUUGUGGCUUGAUAACUUUUCUCAGACUUGGUUGUGGUUUUAAUGCAUAAAUGUUAAUUGGCGAAAAACUAUGAUUUUGUUGCAAGCGUUUCAUUCAAUAUGUUUCGAUAAUUCCGGAAGUUUUUACAAAAAAAUAAGAAGAUUUUUAUAAGGUCUAACACUAAAAUCGGCUUAUGACGUGAUAUUGAAAUACGCACAAUUUUGAAAUUUAGACAAGAAAAAACAUUUAUGAUUUCCAAAACGUUCCACUGCCAUUAUUUGUAUUCCGUGAAGAGUGACUAAAUUGCAAAUGAAAACGAAAAGCAGCUUUAAAUAUGUGUAGAUUUUUUGCUUCAAUUCCUACCCAUUCCUUUCCAAUUUAAAUUCACAACGCACAAUUUUAUGCUUACGCACAAUAAAUGUAAUGGACAUUUAUGUUACAGCAAAUAUCUCAUAUGUUAAAACUUAGCAAGUCGUAUAUUCACCGAGAUUCCGCUCCGGUUCCAUGUCGUUCCACGCUAAAUAUUUACAAACUUUGAAAAUUAAUGCAUGUAAAAAGCAAUACGCACAAUUUUCUAAUACUUUGUUCCGAUUCCAAUUUGUUUCGUUUCAAUUCCAAAUCGUUCCGCAUACGAAUAAAUCUGUUUGUGUCAUUUUCUUAAAAUCAGUUAAUAUUUUAUAAUUGAAGUCGACCCACCAUGCAUUUCUACCAUCCCCACCAGCUUCUAAAGCUCACGUCUAGCCCCGUUUGUUGCGUCAAAUCAAAGAUCGCACGUUAUAAAUAUUCGUUAACGGCUAUACUCGUAUCUCCAUAUUAUCUCCAUAUAUGUACGUGUGUGAGUGACGUCUUUACUAUGCGCUCAGUAUUUAUUAACCGCCUAAAAGCAUGCUUUAGAAAUGCUUAACUCUAUAUGUGUCGAAAUCGAAACUAACAUGCCUUCAACUGUCACAUUCACCCCAUUAAAUUAUGAAAAAAAAAACAAAUAAGACAUAUUUAUAUUCAAAAAUUAAGGACAUGAUUUGAUGAAAUCGUGCCUACACCGAGCGAAAGAAAGUUGUAAGUACAGUUAUACUGAAAUGAAAUGAGAACAAAUAUGAAUCUAAAACGCUUACUGAAAAACAAAGACUAAUACAAAAACAAAAAAAAAUUCAUUUAAACGGUAAUGAGGAAAUGUUUUGAGUAGAAUAUAAAAAAAUCAUUAACUCACGACACCGUAAAAAUUUCUAAAAAAUUUAAAAAAAUAUAUAUAUAAAAGAACUUGUAUUGUUGAAACUCAACAAAACAAUUCUAACUGUUUAAUGAGUAAAAAAUAUAAAAACGCGCAUUUUUUGUGUAAUUCAAUGUGAG